CCUUUGGCUGGCUGCCCGGCGUUGGCGUCCAGCUUCUCCAUCUUCCUCCACGGCGCCCAAGUUUUGCGUUGCCUAAGCCUGCCUUCCUGCCGUUUCUUUCUGUCGCCCGUCGUCUCCUCCUCCUCCUCUUCCUUCAGCUUUAACUCCGGUAAUAAGGUCGACGCGCGCGGCCGCGAGAGGAGGCUGAUCAGCCCGGAGAGACGAUCUCGUUCGAUCGAUCGAUGGAGUGCCUGCUUGGCUUGCUCAAGGUGCGCGUCAUGCGGGGCCUCAACCUGGCCAUCUGCGACCCGCUCACCCACAGCAGCGACCCCUACGUCGUCCUCCGCCACGGCUCCCAGAAAGUCAAGUCAAGUAUAAGAUAUCAUUCCAUCAACCCAGAAUGGAACGAGGAACUCACGUUAUCAAUCACAAACAUGAUGCUGCCUGUUAAAAUUGAAGUGUUUGACAAGGACACCUUCACCAAGGACGACAGCAUGGGCGACGCGGAGUUCGGCAUCCUGGACUUCGUCGAGAUCGCCAAGCAGGACCACAGCCAUCUCGGCGACGGCGCGGUGAUGAAGACGAUCCACCCGGACAAGGAGAACUGCUUCGCGGCGGAGAGCCACAUCACAUGGAAGGACGGCAAGGUGUCCCAGGACAUCGUCCUCAAGCUCAGGAACACCGAUACCGGCGAGAUCAUCCUGCACCUCCAAUGGGUUAACAUCCCAGGUGUCUCCCGGUGAUUCGCCGGCGGCGAGCUUAUAUAUAUAUAUACACACACAACACACACAUAUAUGUAUGUAUGUAUGUGUGUGUGUGUAAUAUACACACACACACACACAUGGCUGGUGUGGACACGGUCUAUGAGGUAUGAAAGAUAAGUAAAAAAAAAAAACAUCCUGAUGAGAUCAUGAGAUCAGUAGGAUGGGAUAAAAAUAUGUGAUGCUGAUAUGCAGCAGGCCUGUGCUACUGGGAGUAAUAUGCUUGUUUUUCAGUG